AUGUGCGCGGCCGGUGUGGCGCUGGCGGCGCUGCUGCUACUGCUAACGGCCGCCAUCGUGCGCCUCGUGGUGCUGCUUGUGCAGCUCGUGACUCCGCGCUACACGCUGGCGGCCUGCGCGUCGGCGCUGGCCUUGUGGUUCGUGGACUCGAGACGCCAGCGCUACGCCAAGGGCUUCUACUCGUGCUCGCGCAAAGUGGCAGCCGCGCCCCCCUCCGAGACCGAAUCGGAGGACGAUGACAGCGAGGCCGGAGCGCCCCCGAGCAUCAAGGCGCGCGCCAGAUCCCCCGCCUCCAGACACAGCAAGAGCCUCGCAAACGUCAGGACGCGCAGCAACACGACGGACGGAGAGCUCCAGCGGCGACAGGCCACGCGCCCGCGGUCCUCGUCGGCAAGGAAGCGCCGAGUGCCCAGACGGCGCGCUGACACGGGCAUGAACGGCACCGCCAAGCACCAGGAGCGGUCGCGCCGCGCGACGUUCGCGUCCAAGCAGGACGCGUACGUCAGGCGGAGCAGCUCGGAGAGGCUGGAGGACGCUCUGCGCUCGGAUGGCUACUGGAUCGGGGACUUCCGAGUGCAGCGGCGCCUGGUGUCGCGACGCAGCCACACGACUUCCAGCCCCAAGGCGAACUGA